GGGGGAGAUACUUGUAUGUCUCCUCUCCAUCCUCGCCUUCCAAGUGAGGGAUUUCUAAGGGAUCAACAACGAAAGAAAGACUACUUUCAUCAGAGAGAAGCCGCUGCAUUCUUAGCCAAACGGGAGUCUCGGAGAAGUUCGUUGUUUGCGUGAAGAGGAGGAUGUCACAGACACCAGCUGAACAUGUUCAGGACGCAAUUCCGUUAUCAUCAUGCGCCUCAAGAUGUGUGCUCCUGUGAUGGACUGCUUGUGAAAUAAACGUCAACUUUUCGGAGUUCUAUAUCUUGAAGAUUUCCCGAGUUGUCCGUUUGUUUUAAAACAAUUUAUUAGCGUUUAGAUAUUCGUUGUGGAAAGUAGCCUAUGACAUCAGCGCACAAUGGGAGUUCAGUGGUGAUUCACGCUUUAAACCGUGGAAUAUCAACAUCACGUAUUCGUGCGCAUUUAAUGCGUAUUUAAAUACAUUUAAUGAGUUAUGAUUAGUAUCCAUUACAUUUUUCUUUCUACAAAGUAUUAGUCGGUUAGUGUUCUUUAUUGAAUGUCGACCCACUGUCUUCAAACCUGGAAUGGGUGUCCGAGCAACAAGCGAUUGUGUGAACCGUACACUGCUAUUGGGAAGUCGUGCGCACAUUUAGGAGGAGUAACGCAUUGGCAAACCCGUCGGUAGCCUAUAGUGGAAUAAUAUGCGCACCUUUCUCACCUGCGCAUUUUCUUCUUACAAAUAAGCACACAUUAACUUACUUUGGACGAUGCCUCACCUUCAUUUCAUUGAAGUAUUAUAAAAAAAAAAGUGCCUCGGUGCGUCCGGUCUUUUUUCUAAAUCGAAGUCGGAGGAGGCAUAAGGGGAAAGAGCGAGAGAGAGACCAUGGCCAAGCUAAGGAAUGGUGGUGUGGUUCUAGAACUGAAGAAACCCUACUUUACGUGGAAAGUAUUAUGUGUGAUGAAAGCUCUAUUUGACCUUACUGCAUCGCAGGAAAUUUACGCACCGCAUUCCAUAAGAAUGGAGGGAGACCUGACCCUUGGCGGCCUCUUCCCUGUGCACGCCCGGGGGAUCCCGGGGGAGCCGUGUGGAGAUAUCAAGAAAGAGAACGGGAUCCAUCGUCUCGAAGCUAUGAUGUAUGCCUUGGACCAAAUCAACAGUGAUGACGAUCUUCUUCCCAAUGUCACCCUAGGUGCCCGGGUGCUCGAUACGUGUUCGAGGGACACCUAUGCUCUGGAGAAGUCUCUGACUUUUGUGCAGGCACUCAUACAAAAAGACACGUCGGAUGUGAGGUGUACUAACGGUGAACCACCAGUGUUCGUCAAGCCAGAAAAAGUUGUGGGAGUGAUAGGAGCUUCAGCGAGUUCUGUAUCGAUCAUGGUGGCGAACAUAUUACGUCUGUUUCAGAUUCCUCAGAUCAGCUAUGCCUCCACGGCCCCGGAGUUGAGCGACGACCGGCGAUACGACUUCUUCUCCCGUGUGGUGCCUCCGGACUCGUUCCAGGCCCAAGCCAUGGUGGACAUAGUCAAGGCCAUGGGCUGGAACUACGUAUCUACCAUCGCGUCAGAAGGAUCCUAUGGAGAGAAGGGAGUGGAUGCCUUCCAACAGCUAUCAAGAGAAGCAGGUGGGAUCUGCAUCGCCCAGUCCUUGAAGAUCCCUCACAGUCACAAGCAAGAGAACUUUGACAAGAUCAUCAGGCUGCUUCUGGACACCCGUUACGCUCGGGCAGUCGUCCUUUUCACCUCAGAUGAGGACAUAAGGGGUAUCCUGAACGCCAGUAAGAGGGCGGACCAGGUGGGUCAUUUCCUGUGGAUCGGUUCAGACAGCUGGGGAGCCAAGAUCAGCCCUGUCCAUCAGCUAGAGGAAGCAGCAGUGGGAGCUGUCACUAUCCUGCCAAAAAGAGCAACCAUCGCUGGGUUUGACGCAUACUUCACAUCGCGGACGCUGGAGAACAACCGCAGGAACGUUUGGUUCGCAGAAUACUGGGAGGAAAACUUCAACUGUAAACUAAUGAGCUCCUCCAAGAAGGAAGACACCAGCAGGAAAUGCACAGGCCAGGAGCGGAUCGGGAUUGACUCUAAGUACGAACAGGAGGGGAAGGUUCAGUUUGUGAUCGAUGCGGUGUACGCGCUGGCCCAUGCCCUUCACAACAUGCAGAGAGACCUGUGUCCCGAUGUCUCAGGGAUCUGUGAAGAUAUGGACCUAGCUGGGGGCAAGAAACUACUCAAGUACAUCCGCAGUGUCACCUUCAAUGGAAGUGCAGGGACGUCUGUGACAUUCAACAAGAACGGAGAUGCACCGGGACGUUACGACCUGUUCCAGUACCAGAUGGACAACAACAGCUCCCCGGGAUACAAGAACAUUGGACAGUGGAUGGAAACGCUACAGCUCAACAUUGAGGACAUGCAGUGGCCUAACGGACAGACAGAGAUUCCCAGCUCUGUGUGUAGUCUGCCCUGCAGGACAGGAGAGAGGAAGAAGGCAGUGAAAGGCAUGCCCUGCUGCUGGCACUGUGAGCCCUGUGAUGGCUACCAGUAUCAAUAUGAUGCAACAUCUUGCAAGCUGUGCUCCUACAACAUGAGGCCCAACCCCAACAGGACGGCAUGCCAGCCCAUCCCCAUCGUGAAGUUGGAGUGGCACUCCCCCUGGGCAGUGAUCCCCGUCUUCCUCGCCAUGCUGGGCAUCAUCGCCACCAUCUUCGUCAUGGCAACCUUUGUCCGCCACAAUGACACACCCAUCGUGCGCGCGUCGGGCCGCGAGCUGAGCUACGUCCUUCUCACCGGGAUCUUCCUCUGUUACAUCAUCACCUUCCUCAUGAUUGCCAAGCCUGAUGUCGCCGUCUGUUCAUUCCGACGGAUCUUCCUAGGUCUCGGUAUGUGUAUUAGCUACGCGGCCCUCCUCACCAAGACAAACCGUAUCUACCGCAUCUUCGAAGAGGGUAAGAAGUCGGUGACAGCACCCAGGCUGAUCAGCCCGACCUCCCAGCUGGCUAUAACCACUUGCCUGAUCGCCAUUCAGCUCCUGGGGGUGUUUAUCUGGUUCGGGGUGGACCCCCCCAACACCAUCAUCGACUAUGACGAACAGAAAACCGUCAACCCCGACCAGGCCAGAGGAGUACUGAAAUGUGACAUCACGGACCUGCAGAUGAUAUGCUCGUUGGGUUAUAGCAUCCUACUCAUGGUCACGUGUACAGUGUACGCCAUCAAGACGCGGGGCGUCCCGGAGAACUUUAACGAGGCUAAACCCAUUGGAUUCACCAUGUAUACCACCUGUAUCGUCUGGCUAGCCUUCAUUCCCAUCUUCUUUGGGACAGCUCAGUCCGCAGAAAAGUUGUACAUCCAGACCACAACCCUCUGUAUCUCUAUGAAUCUCAGUGCCUCGGUGGCCUUAGGGAUGCUCUACAUUCCUAAAGUCUACGUCAUCAUCUUCCACCCGGAACUUAAUGUCCAGAAGAGGAAGAGGAGCUUCAAGGCGGUGGUGACGGCCGCGUCCCUGACCACACGCCUCUCACACAAGACCAGUGACAGGCCCAAUGGAGAGGCCAAGACGGAACUGUGUGAAAACGUCGAUCCAAACAGUCCGGCAGCAAAGAAGAAAUAUGUGAGUUACAAUGACCUUGUGAUCUAAGAGCCGUCACCAGAGAGAGGGACAUGAUGGAUGGAGAUGCUUGGUCUCCUGCCCUGUUGGCAACGAAAGAAAAAGGAUGUUUAUGUUGCUCUAUUGCCCACUCACACCCCCGGAACCCUCGCACCAAAGGAACCCCGGAACUCCGGAACAGGACAGGGACAAUGGGUGGGUUCUGGGUUCUAAGAGCUUUCUAUUCAAUCAGAAGAUUCUGUGUGGCAAACUGAUGUUUUAACAUGGUUACGAUGGAAUGGAAAAGACCAAAAAAGAGACAUACUGUGGGUGGGUGUAAAACGUCAAGAAAAAAUUGAAAGAAAAUCAAGUCAGUUCUGAUGGGCAAAAAAUAUCUACUAAAUCAUUUGUUUUGCAAAAUGAUUGCAAAGAAAAAAAGAAGCCCAGACCCUCCCUGCUGGCUCUACAACCCCCCCUGUGCCCCUCCGGGUUAGGGUGGUCAUCUCUGCCGACCCCUCAGAGAUGGUCCCCCACUCCCUAGAGAUGUGUCUCUACAGGUACACAGGCUGCAGCAGGAGGACUAACUGUACUUGUACCUGCCUGUACCUUCAAUGGAGGCUGUUUCUUGUCUUUUAAUGUCCUUCCAAAAUGCAAGUUUUCCAAAAUUCCUGUCAAAAAUAGUGUGUGGUUCCAUUGGUCUAUCUGUUACAUUUGGUGUUAAAUUUUUAACAUCAAACUUUCUUUUUUUGCUUGUCUGUUUUUUCCUUCCUUGCUUCUUGGACGCACAUUCAAUUAAAGCCAUAUUCUUGUCUUUGAGAUGUUCAGAUGUUCAUGUUUUUCUUUGGGGGGGGGGGGGGGGGGGGGGGGGUUGUAUGUGGGCUCACAAGCAAGAGGGACAGUGCUUGCUUUGUCCCUUCCCGUAUGUGUGUGUUUCUACAGACAUGUUUUUAGUAUGUUGUAAGGGUACAGUAUUGACCAUCAACUGUGUUUUUAAAUGGACUAAAAGAGAGCUCCAGUCCAGUCAAGGCUUUGUUGGCUCGAUAUAAAAAACUCCAAUGACUCAGAUUUAACAAGGUAUAUGUCCCCGUGUAGAAGUUGUCAAUGCAUGCCAGCUAUGUUUGAUGUUAAGAUUAAGUCAAUAACUGGAGAUUUCACCACACGUGAUCCACUAGCUCUGAAUGGCAUACAAUAUCUACAUAUAUAUAUAUAUAUAUAUUUAUAUCUAUAUCUAUAUAUAUAUUAUAAUUUUUUUACAUUUUCUCACUGAAUGCAGAAUAUGGCUUUAAUUCGUCUUGCAGUUUUUCUUAAUGCCCCGCAACUAUGAAAAAUUGUCAGUAAAAAAAUAUGAAUAUAUAUUUAAAAAGGAACCAAUCCCCAAAAAAAGAGAGAAAAAAAAGCAUGUAUGUUUUAUACUGUUUGUACUAAGUAUAUUUAUGUUGCCCUUGCUGCUUAUGGUCCAAUAUUGUGGGAGAUAAAAAUGUACGUUUGGCCACUCAUGCAAAUAUUAUGUGGUUUUGUCCAAGAAUGUAUCAGCAUGAAACAAGA